UUUGUCACUGGUUUGUAUUUCAGGGGGUCCUCCUGUGUUUUCAGCACUGCAGCUCAGCAGAGAAGUACAGGAGAUGAGUGUGGCCCAGAAGAUCCCCAUGAUGAACCCAAGCAUCCCCUUUCUGACUGUGCCUUAGAGCACAAAGCCCUCAAAUUGGAAGAACAAGUCCGGGAUUUAACUGAGCGAUACCGGAAAGCCUUGGCAGAUUCUGAGAAUGUCCGGAGGAGAACGCAGAAGUUUGUGGAAGAUGCCAAGCUCUUUGGGAUCCAGAGCUUCUGCAGGGACCUUGUGGAGGUAGCAGAUAUCUUGGAGAAGACUACUGAGAGCGCUGCAGAAGAAGCGGAGCCUAGUAAUCCGAGUCCAACCCUGAAGAAAAUCUACGAAGGCCUCUCUCUCAUAGAGGCCAAAUUGCAAAGUGUAUUUGCCAAACACGGCCUUCAGAAGAUGAACCCUGUUGGUGGCAAAUAUGAUCCGUAUGACCAUGAAAUAGUCUGCCAUGUUCCAGCUGAGGGAAUGCAGCCGGGCACAAUAGCACUGGUGACUCAGGAUGGCUAUAAACUCCAUGGUCGCACUAUCAGACACGCACUCGUCGGCGUGGCAGUAGAGUCGCAGGAAUGACGUGGGCUUACCCAUUGGCAUCUGGGACUUUACUGAGCUGAGGACCCCUCAGCACUCAGUCACAACUGCAGCUGCAUGUCUUUACUUAUUUAUUAAGCUAGGUUUGUAUUGUAUGUUGGCUUCUUUAUAAUGUGUGCAGUCAUUUUGCCAUUAAUUCUAAGGUACUUGUAUAU